CCUGUUGCUGCUAUCGUUGGCGGCAGUGUGUCUGCUCUACUGGUGGUUAUUCUUGUAACAGUGGGGAUAGUUUGUUACAGGAAAAGGAAAUCCGAAGACGACCAGGACCCUACAGGUCCUCAGAUAGAACUGAAGAUAAUCACAGAAGACGAAACACCCAUGAAGAAAUCUGCUGAGAAUCCUACAGCAUUGGUUGAGGACACUUCACCGUAUGAAACGACUAUUUACAGCAUCGCAGACCUUGUUACUGUUGACGACGUAGUGGAAUUCCUGAAGGCCAGGGGAUUUGGCAAGUAUGCUGCAGCAUUCAGGCGGCACGAAGUAGACGGGGAAGGAGCCAUGUCACUGACCAGUGAUAUGCUCGCUGAGCUCGUUCCAGAGAUCGGACCGAGGGCAAAAUUACAAAAGGCCCUUCAAGAGCUGAAGGACAAUCAGGAGUCCACCGAGAGCAGCAAGCCUCUCCACCCUGACUGGGAAAUCCACCGUUCUAGCUUGAAGCUGGGUAAAAUCCUGGGGAAGGGGCAGUUUGGAGAGGUCCGUAUGGGGGAGCUGAGGAAGAGAGGCGUCACCCAGACCGUGGCAGUCAAGACACUGAAAGCAUCUGCAGAGGAAAAGGACAAAGAGGACCUCAUUGGAGAGCUGGACAUUCUGGUCACCGUCGGUCGUCAUGUGAAUAUCAUUAGUCUGGUUGGUGCUUGUACGGUGGGAGGCCCGCUGACACUUGUUGUUGAGUUCGCACUCAAUGGAUGUCUGAAGGACUGGCUGAGAAACAACCGCCCUAAGGAGCUUAACAAGACAGACGACAAAGACAUUGCCACUUCCGGGAUUCUGUUGCCGAUGGAACAACUGAUCACGUUUGGUAUAGACAUAGCAAAUGGGAUGAGUCACCUGGCUUCCAUGCAGUGUGUCCAUCGUGACCUUGCCGCCAGGAACGUUCUCCUUGGAAAGGACCUGACGGCCAAGAUCUCAGACUUUGGUCUGUCGCGGGAUAUCUACGAGGAGUCUGAGUACGUCAAGACCACGAAGAGCCAGCUACCCAUCCGAUGGAUUGCAUACGAGUCCCUGUUCUACCACGUGUACACCACCCAAAGCGAUGUAUGGUCCUUUGGUAUCCUUUUGUGGGAGAUCAUGACAAUGGGUAAACAACCGUACGGCCGGAUGACAGGCAAAGAGCUUAUGGAGCUUCUCCCAAGUGGCUACAGGCUGGAGAAACCCGAUUUUUGUCCCCAAGAUGUUUACGAAGAGAUGAAGAGCUGCUGGGAAACUCUUCCUGAGAACAGGCCAACUUUCCCGGAGCUGAAGGCAACACUGGAUCGGAUCAUUCAAGAUCACAAGACAUAUGCCUCAUUGCUGAAUUAGGAAACUACAAGGGAAGAGAGCGAAAGAGGAGAAGCUUUUUGCCAAGAAGGAAACAUUAUAUAUUCUUAUUUUGUAGAUAACGUAGGACCAGAAUACAAGGCUUGUUUGUUGAUUGUAACCAGGAAUAUGAAGUAUACGGAAUUUAGUUUCACUGAACUAAAUCGUACAUUGUGUACCGAAGAUAUUAAUA